AUGGAGGGAUCGAACGUGGAACAUGCAGCUACUCGUACAAGCAAGCCUCAUCGCAAGAAUACCCUUUUCGUGACAAGGAUACCCUUCAAUGUAACAAAUACAGAUUUAGAAACGUUUUUCAGUGAUAUCGGCCCUUUAAGGCGAGCCUUCGUUGUGACAGACAAGGAGACUCGUCAAUCUAAAGGUGUUGGUUAUGUUACGUAUACCGAUGGAGCUGAUGCCGAGAAGGCACUAGACAAGCUUCAAGGUGCUAGUAUUGAUGGAAGCAAACGUCAUAUCCAGCUUCAAUGGGCGGACCAAAAAUCCACCUCCAAAGAGGCACAGUCUUCGUCUGUUCCUGGGGCCGUCCCUUCCAAUCGCCGCAAUGCUGCCUUGCCAGAACGUGACCCUGAUGCUGUACGAACGAUCGUUAUCUCUGGUCUUUCCGGAUGCAAUCCCGCCGCCGACGUAAAAACAUUGUACAAACGGGUUCGCAAGAUUGGUGACGUUGAACACAUUGCAUUUGCGGAAAUAGACGGUGCUACCUCUACCGAUGUAGCUCAUGUUCUCUUUCGCACUCCCAAUCAUGCUAUGCAAGCUGUUCCUAAACUUCAUGCUCAUCAAUUCAAGGGUGCUCAACUGAGUGUUGAAUUGAAGAAGCGUGUGGAUAACGCUUUGCGUCGGGAACUCCAUAUGCGAGAUGAUACGCGCACAAAACGCAAGUCAAUGCAAGAUCAAAUCGAGAAGUUUUCUGGCAAUGCCUGGUCAAGCGACUCAUCUCGUCUGAGCCGUGACAGUCGUCUUAUUGUGCGCAAUAUCCCCUUUGAUAUGACUGUGGAGGACCUCCGUGCUAUCUUUCUUCCAUAUGGUGCCCUUUAUGACGUGUCGAUUCCUACAAAGGAAGCUAAAGAGGGCUCCGCCAAGGCUCCGCAAGGACGAGGUUUCGCCUUUAUUUGGUUCGUAUCCAAAUCAGAUGCUGCCAAAGCUAUUGAUGCGGUCAAUGGCGUAGAGCUCCGUCACGGGGCUGCCGAACAGGCAUUACUAAAAAAGGCCCAAGGGAAAAAGGGACGCGAUGCCGCCAAAGAAGCCUUAGCUCAAGUUCACAAGACGGCUCAGCCUGCUCGCCCUGUUGCUGUGGAUUGGUCGCUUUCUCAGAAAGAUUGGCUUGCACAGGCGGAGGACAAUGAGGCAGAGCCAGUGGAUGCCGAGUUACCUAUUUCUCGGAAACGUCCGCAUGAGGAAGAAGAAGAGGACGAGGAAGAUUCUGAGAGCGGCGACGAUGACUCUGAUGCUGAGGAGUCGUCUUCAAACUCGAUGCAAGAGGAUGAGAGCACUACGGAGCCGCCCAAGCUCGCCCCGCCUGAAGCCGGUACAACCUUGUUUGUCCGAAACUUGCCAUACCAGGCUACAGAGCAAGAGCUGAAGGACCUGUUUCGCUCUUUUGGACCUCUUCGUUAUGCCCGCAUUACUAUGGAUCCAGCCACGAAGCGUAGCCGUGGCACAGGCUUCUUGUGCUUUUGGAAGAAAGAAUCUGCUGAUGCUCUAUUGCAUGACGCUGAUAUUGUACAGCGUGAGACUGCAGCUGCUGGUGUAGAUUCAAGUCUCCCGAAGUCGAAUCCUUUCUCUGUCCCUUCUGUGAUUACAGCUGAUCCAUCUGCGCCGCUUGUUGCACGAUUUACUUUACAUGGCCGAGUACUCCAUGUUGUUCGUGCUGUGACUAGAGAGACCGCAGGCCAGCUGGAAGAAUCUGCACGUAAGCUACGCGAAAAAGGUGACAAGCGAAACACCUGGCUCUUGCGCGAGGGAGUGCCGUUCCCUAACACACCCCUUGCUGCCUCGCUCUCUGAGACUGAGAUUGAGCGUCGGAUGAGGUCAUUCUCUAUACGGCGUGCCCAGCUCGGUGCUAACCCGUCUUUGCAUGUAUCUAAAACACGUCUCUCGGUGCACCAGCUUCCUCUCUUUGUGUCUAACAAGAUGCUGAAGCGUCUAGCUCUCCAUGCUCUUCGGAAGUUUGGCGACGAGGUAAAAGCAGGGGAGCGCACGGAUCUAGAUGCAGAUGAAAAGGCAGACAAGACACUAAGCUCGAAUGCGAAGACUAGCGACAGUGGUAAGAACCGUCCACCGCCUUCAGUGGUCGUCCAAUCCAAGGUGGUGCUGCAGAAUGAGCGAGUCGACCCAAUUACAGGGCGUGGCCGCUCACGUGGCUAUGGCUUUUUGGAGCUACGAUCUUUCCAGCACGCACUGAAAGUGUUGCGCUGGAUCAAUGGAAACAAAGCAGUUGCCAAACUCUUAACACAAUGGUGGCGCGAAGAACUUGACGCCUUGUUGACUAAACUUAAGGUUGACAACUCUGAUGACGCUCGCAUCCGCGCUAAGCGAGUUGAAAGUGUGCUACAAGACCUUGAGGACAAGGGUAAGUCUGAGGCACGGGGUGUUCUCCGCCUUGAAUUCUCUAUUGAGAAUAUCAUUACUGUGCGAAAACGUACUCUUCGACAAGAACAGGCCCGCGAUCAUGCCACUAAACGUCGGAAGCUGUCUCAAUUGGCAUUGGAUGAAACGCCAGAAUCUAUCCCCACGACAGAGCCGUCAGAAGUCCACUCUGCAUCUCCACCUAAAAAACUUGGUUCCUUGAUUGGCAAAAAACGGGCUAUGCGUAAAAAAAAGCGAGCCAUGUCAUGA